CGCGUACUGCCAUCUUUGUUAGGGGCAGCGGGCUCAUCGCCGAGAUGCCGAAGUCUUGCGCGGCCCGGCAAUGCUGCAACCGCUACAGCAGCCGCAGGAAGCAGCUCACUUUCCACCGGUGAGGGAUGGGAGGCCGGGACCCGACCCUGUGGAGCAGUUACAGGCCCCAGUGCACCGGGCGGGAGCUCCGGGAAGUCCAGGGUUCCCGUUCAGCCGCCCGGAGCUCCUGAAGGAGUGGGUGCUCAACAUCGGCCGGGUCAACUUCAAGCCCAAGCAACACACGGUCAUCUGUUCUGAGCACUUCAGACCUGAGUGCUUCAGUGCCUUCGGGAACCGCAAGAACCUCAAACACAAUGCCGUGCCUACCGUGUUUGCUUUUCAGAACCCCGCACAGGUCUGUCCUGAGGUGGGGGCUGGUGGGGACCGCACACUGGAAGAGCUUCAGCCUCCAGACACUGAAGGCCCUGUGAAACAGGUCUUACCAGAGAGAACAGAAGCAAUGGAGGCUUCUGGCCUGCCAGCCGGCCCCAUGGGGUUAGAACGGCCCUUCCCGGGACAGCCGUCCGAUCACAGCUAUGCCCUUUUGGACUUGGAUACCCUGAAAAAAAAACUCUUCCUCACGCUGAAGGAAAACAAGAGGCUCCGGAAACGACUGAGGGCCCAGAGGCUGCUGCUUCGGAGGACAUGUAGCCGCCUGCGAGCGUAUAGAGGGGGACAGCGGGGACCGCGGGCCAGACGGUCAGCACAGCAGAACUGAGCCCAAGUAGGCCCUGGGAUGUGGGGAUGGUGGCGACACCCUUGCAGGAAGUGGUUUUCGUCUCUGCUGUGCACAUUCCUACCACUAGUGCUGCAAGGCACCUUGAGACUGGAUGGAUAGGAUGCCCCGACAGACAGUCGUCAGGGGAGGGCCCAAGUGCUGGGGAACCAGGCACAAUCUUGGGUCUCCUGAGCUGAGGAUGGCAGCUGUGGGCCUGUCUUGUAACAGUGACCAAAUGUUAGGAGUUGUCGCAGCCCUGCCAGAGACAGUACCCCGAGGGAGAGGUGGUCCCAGGAACACAGUUAGUCUGUGGGGUCCUUCUCACCUUCCCAGAGGAGCCGCUCUGAGGACAGGGCAAGGGUCUCCCACAUCAGCCUGUAUUUCUGAUGACUCUGGCCUGGUCUGUGUAAAUCUGGAAUAAACGCUUUGAACUCUA